GCAGUGAGCUGACGACAGACUGCUUGAAACUUUGCAUUUCCCAGCAGACGUCGUACUCUUGUACAAACUUGCAAUAACUUGCUAAACAAUGGCUGUAAUCCACAUUAGUCCAAAUCUACCAGCCGUCCCAAACCGGACACCAUGGAAGCACCUCUGUAUGUGAGACUAUCAUGGGAAUGCUGCCAUUACCAAUCCAGAAGUAAACUGGGAAUUGUUCUCUGCUGGAGGCACAGAUUUUAGGAUGACAACUCAGUAGCCGCGAUUCAAUCGUCAAGAUGAACCCUUCCUCUCUGGACUGGUCCAUUCAGAGCGCCCUGUCGUCUCUUUUCCCUCCGUUUGAGGCUACCGCUCCUACUGUUCUCAGCCAACUCUUUCGCACCAUUGAGGAACGUUACCAUGGAGAUGCACUGCAGUGCCUGCUGAACUUCCUUAUCCCAGCCAAACAUAUCCUAGAGAGCGUGCAACAAGCAGCCUGUGCUGCAUACUCGGAUGUCCUGUUCCGGUGUGAGGGUUGGCCAUUGUGCCUGAGAGAUCGUGUGGUGAUCCAACUCAACCCCAUCAACCCUUUACUGCUCCGACCUGGAGAUUUCUACUUGCAGGUGGAACCUUUUGGAGAACAGUCAGCCCGAAUCAUCCUCAAAAGUCUUCUUGUGCAGGAAGACCUCUUGGGGCAAGAAAAUCUGGUGCUGCAAGCUGGUUCCAGGUUGCUGGAGGGUCCUGCAAUUGAGGGGACACCCAUCCCUGAGACAUCUUAUCCAUGCAUAUUCACGGAGUCUUGGCUAAGGGAAAUAAAUGAGGGACGUCAUGGAAAUCCUCUAUGUCAGUGUGUGCUUUCCUCUGAGCAGGGGGUUGUGAAGGUACCUUGGACCGAAGUUGCCAACCCAGAAUUCCUUGACAGGCCCAAAUCUAACAUCUGGCCUGAAACAAAUACAUGCUCAACUCCAACUCUCCGUGUGAAUGAUCUUAAAAUUGAGAUUUCAGAGAACGAGUCACAGUCACUGGUACCUGUAGGCCUCUUACCACUUAAGAUGGAAACUAGGAUCCUUCCAGCAAAUGAUGGGAUGGCGGUUUCUGUUCAGCUAGUGGAGGGUGGUAGCAGAUUAGUAAAGGUUGACCAGGGACAUCCAAUAAGCAGUUUCGCUGGAAAACCUGUUGGCUGGGUAUCUCCCAAUACCUGGGACAGCAGGCACAACCGAGAGCUGGAAGGAGAAUAUGUGGAUCUGAUGGAGUUCAACAAAGAGAAAGAGACUUUGGUACUCAACAAAAUAGCAAUGCCCACAAAACAACUGGGCUUCAAGUUAGUCAGGACGGCUCAACCUGCCCCAAAAAGUAAUGUUAACCUGUGUGGAGAGGACUGCAAUCCUUGUAUGCAAAACAAACCAUCUGAGAGCAUGCAAAAUGAUCCAGAAUCCAAAUGCAGGUAUAGGCAGUCUUACGUGGCAGCCCUCCGAAACCCUGUGAAUUUUGAGAGAGCAAGUAUGCUGCCUUCCCUAGAUGAAACAAGGACAGAUGUAGGGGAGGUUGAGCCAAGCUGUGAGGGACAUGGAGUUGGCCUUAGACUUAAACCUUCGAGUUGUACAUUUGGCCAGACACCAAACCAAGCAGACAGAAACCCGAUGCAAUCCUUUGAGAACUCAGUCCAACAAAAGCAAAGCCCAAAGAACUCAAGUCAGAGCAUAUCUCAUGACCGUAGUUCAAGGGAGAAUGCAGAGUCUCUUGACCAACAUAUGACCCAACAGAUCCCUAGCAUGGUCCAAGCAAGACAACAACACAAGUCAUUCCUCACUGGGCAACAGGAUCUCCAUCAGACUGCACUUGGAACUGAGGCAUUACCUGACAAAAGACACCACUGUCUGAACAACUCUUUUAGACACGAUUCAUUUCAGAUGCGGAUUAGCGGCCACAAGCACGCCAAAGCCCAACACUUACCCAAAAUGGGACUCAGGGCUUUACCUGACCACGGUGGUAACAGACAAGAUGCUUAUCUAUGUUUGCAGGGUUUCAAUCCAAUUCAGCAUGCACAGAAACAGCUAACACAGGGCUCAGAACAAAAACCUCCUCUAUUUCAGCCCCAGUGCAGUCAGAUCCUGUUCCAAAACGAGAAAAGGCCUUUGGAUUACAAAGUCCUCUGUGAUGACAGACUCAGUGCAAGAGGCCCAGGUUCACCUGUACAGGUGAUCAAAGGUAAAAACAGGUCUAAAUCCCACUCAUCCUCUUCAGUCUCAGAAAUAACCAGAGAGUGUCUGCAAUCGCACAAGCUUGCCAAUAGAAGCCGAAGCCGCAGUGAUGUCUAUCCAGAGAUCAUUCCCAUGUUGCCUGCUGACCAGGGAAUAAAACACACAGCUAAUUUGGUGUCCCCAAAAUUAAACAGGCAUCAAGAAGCAAGAAAGGAAGUCUACUCAUCUGGAAACCCAGCUGUUAAUGGAGUAGAGCUCCAGAAAUCACAUGCUGAUCAGCUCUUGACUGGCCAGCCUGAGAAUGGAGUUCAGGCAACUUUACAUUCCCAGGACUCCACAAUCAACAGCCUUCUCCAGCUAGGCAUCAUCUGUCUACCGGGCAGUCGUGACAGAGCUGGCCGCGCCGUGGUUGAGGUCUACGGGGGCAGGAAAGGCUGGGCGUUCUCUCAACUCUCUCCUCAAGAGUUUUGCAGACUGUUGCUUUACCUGCACUCUAUUCCCAGGAUGGAGGUCAGAGAGCUGGGACUGACCGUAGUGAUUGACAGCAGGAAGUGCCCUCUGCCCUCUGUGUUCUACAAAUCCCUGCUCAUGGUUCAGGAGCAGGCCCUUCAUGCAGUGCACACUAUCUUGAUGCUUGUUGAUAAAGACGCAAAUCCUCGACCAGAAAAACAUCUUGGUCUACAGAUAGAUGUUGCGACGUCACUAAAAUCUCUUCAUAAGACGGUUGAUGGACAGCAGCUGACCUCUGACCUUGGUGGAACCUUCCCUUACAGUCAUGAAGACUGGCUACAGUUUCACCAGAAACGUUCUCUCUUUCAACUCGACCUACAAGCAGCGUCUUCAUUACUGCAGACAGCAAUCAGGAGACUUGAUGUUAAAAAAACAGACACCGCAAAGGAUGUCCAGUCCUGCAUCCAGGAGCAGCGGAGUUCCAUGGAGAUGGUGCUUGAAGACACACGAUUGGUCGCCCUCCAAAGAGAAGGCGGGUCUAUUCUCGCCAGGAUGAGGAAGGAAGAGUCUCGAUUUGCUCAGUCUGAAGACUUCAGGGACUCUCUGGAGUCUGUGACGUGUCUGUAUAACCAGGUGGAAGAAGCUGUUCACAUGCUAGUGAUGAAAUCCAACCAGUCACUGCAACAUCUCGAACAUGUUCUUCUGCUGAGAGAAGCAGAGGACUCGCUCAGUACAAUCCAGAAAUGGUGUGAUGCAGAGGAACAUUCAUGGCAGAAGGACAAAGAUGACACAGAGAAAACUCUGCUGAAAAUAGAGCAGAGACUACAAGACGUUCAGUCCGUUCUUAUACAAGCCAAGGAGAAAAAAGAAAAAGGGAUGUCGUUGAUAAAGGAAGUGGAGAGGAAAAGCGAAGGAACGCACUAUCCUGAAACUGAGGCUUUUCGUUGUAACACCACCGCUUUCAAAACCAACAUGACUCGGUUUCUCUUGAAAGCUGAGGAGCGUAAAUCCGAGCUGGAGACGUCUGUCGAUCUCUAUCGUUUCUGUGAAGAGGAGCUGCUUCAGACGGAGAGAGAGUAUGUGAGAGCGCUGGGGCACGUGGUGGAGAACUACAUGCCGGAGCUGGAGCGUCCCGACGUGCCUCAGGACCUGCGGGGACAGAGAGGAAGCGUCUUUGGGAACCUGGAGAAGCUGCGAGACUUUCACCAGCAUCACUUCCUUCAGGAGCUGGAGCUGUGUCUGAAGGAGCCCUUCUGCGUCGGACGCUGCUUCUUAAAACACAAAGAAAACUUCAGCCUGUACGCAUUAUACAGCAAGAACAAGCCUCGCUCUGAGAGACUGCUCAUCGAUCACGGGAGAGAGUUCUUUAAGCAGAAGCAGCAGCUGCUGGGUGAUAAGAUGGAUCUGUCCUCGUAUCUGCUGAAGCCGGUGCAGCGCAUCAGUAAAUACGGGCUGCUGCUGCAGGACAUGCUGCGUGAGUGUGAGACCGGAGCGCACGCGGGACACGAGCGGCUCGAGAUACAGACCGCGCUGAACAUCAUCCAGUUCCAGCUCCGCCACGGCAACAACCUGCUCGCCAUGGACGACCUUCAGGACUGUGAUGUGAAUCUGAAGGAACAGGGCCAGCUGAUCCGUCAGGACGAGUUCCUGUUGACCUUCAGGAAGAAGAAAUGCUACCGUCACAUCUUUCUCUUCCAGGAUCUCAUACUCUUCAGCAAGACACGCAGAACCGACGUUGGGAAUGACACGUACAUCUACAAACAAUCCUUCAAGACUUCAGACAUCGGUAUGACCCAUAAUUCUGGUGACAGCGGGCUGUGUUUUGAGAUCUGGUUUCGAAGGAGGAAGUCUCAGGACACGUACAUCCUUCAGGCGCCGAGUCGAGAAGUGAAGGAGAACUGGACCAGAGACCUGGAGAGGAUCCUGUGGGAACAAGCCAUCCUCAACAGAGAGAUCCGUAUGCAGGAGAGGGUGUUCAUGGGAAUCGGACAUAAACCUUUUAUGGACAUCCAGCCCAGUGAGAUGGCCAUCAAUGACCGAGCCGUCAACUGCGCUCCGACAGGACGAGGUGGGAUUCCUGUCUUCCGGUUGAAUUCUGUCGGCUCGGCCAGCUGUACAUCAUCCUCUGGAAGCCAUUCGUCCUCUGGCUCUGGGUGGGGAUCCACGUCUCCUGUGGGUCAUCUGAUCGGCCCUAGCGGAGGAGAUGUUUUGCGGUACAUCCAUGGGAUCCUGGAGGAAGAUGAUUUAGACCAGGAGAGUGGAAACCAGAGUGCACUGGUGGAGAGUUCGGUGUCCUCAGGAGAAAGUGUUAGUUGCUUCAGCAGUUCUGGUCACAGCUGCUCGUCUGUGAUUGGUGGAGACUGUGACCACGCCCCAUCUGAGGUGAAAAAGCCAUGUGCCCAAAAACAGGAAUGCAACUUUAAACCCGCUAACUUACCGAGCCAAACCAGGGACCAGCCAUGUUGUAAAGUUCAAGAGACAAGCAUCAUAGGAAAGUCAACGGAAGUAUAGCUCAUCAUACUGUAAUAGCGUCAUGCUUUUUAUGUUAUCAUGCAUUAUACCUAUGGAACACUAUCAGUCCUGUGAAACUCUAAAAUAAAGUUUAUUUUAUUUAUUUAUGUCAGUGUGAGUGAGUAACAUUAGUUCAUGGAACUACCUUUUAAAUGCUAAAACUACAAAAUCUUUUGUUUCUUUGUUUUUUACUUGUAUUUCUGUUUCUAAUUAGCCU